AUGAACGGCAUGUCGCGGUUCCUCAGCCGGCGCGACAAACACCAUGAAAAGCGCGCGUCCAAGCACGCCAAUACCAAAGUACGCCUAAGCUCUUUCGCUUCCGUCAACUCCCUCAGUCCUCUACUAUGUCCUGCCGUUGCUACAGCGCCGCAAGACUCUCCUAGCUGUCCACGGCGGCUGUCUGCAGGCAUCGAGACGCUGUAUCAUAAGCUCCCAUUUGUAUCGCGAACGUCGGUAGAGGAUAGUCUUCUAUUUCUACACCAAAAGCUAUCAUGUCGCGUUUCUUCCCUUACUCCCAGCGCCGAUCAAACCUCAACAUCGCAUUCUUCUGACUAUGUACUUGUGCAGUCUAAAUCCAACAACCCUUCGCCCGAUCUCUACAAAAUAUUCACAAACGAAGGCCCGAGGCCGCCAGCCAAUGUUGAAGCUGAGAAGAAGGUCAAGAUGCUCCUUUCACGCCUACAAGGCGUCGGCAUAACGAGCAUGGGCGAGGAACAGGCGGAACAUGCUCUCGCCUGGCAUCCCAACGACAUCGACAAAGCAUACGACCUCCUAGUGCUUGCCAAUGAGUCACUCGAAGGUGAACUAAAGGACUACAACCCAGAUGUAACCAUGUUGGGCGCCAUAAAUCGAAAUAUGGUGACAUGUUACCUCGACGCAUUAUUGUUUGCCAUGUUCGCCCGUCUCGACAGCUUUGAAGCCAUGUUGUAUGACAACUUCGAAGAUGAGCCAAGAAAGAAGCUGGCGGCUGUCUUGCGCCUAUGGGUCAACCUCCUGAGGAGUGGACAGCUCAUCAAGGUCGAUCUGACAAAGCACCUCCAAGAUUCCCUUGCCAAGUGCGGGUGGGAAGAUGCCGGACAGGUCCGCCAACAAGACGCUUCAGAAGCCUUUACUUUCAUCACCGGUGCGCUUGAGCUGCCUCUGCUCACACUCAAGAUGGACAUUUACCAUACUGGACGUGAAGACAAGGAAGAUGACCACAAGUUCGUCAACGAGCGCCUGCUCGAGGUCGCCAUUCCAGAACAAGAAGGCGACGAUGUUGUCACAUUGGAAGACUGCCUGGAAACCUACUUCAAUAACAGAAUUGAGGUCAAGCGCUACCUGCAACGGCAAAAUACGAUAGCUUCUGUCAAGUCCAAAGACGACGAAUUUGUAGACAAGGAUCCUGAGAAGAAUGAGACCAUCCAUAUUGAGACCAUGGAGAUGGAAGGCUCAAUGACUCCCAUCGUCUCGACGCCGAUGACUUUUGAGCCCACGACCCCAGUAACUCCAACACGGCCCAAUCUGGAGGGUCGCCGCCGUGCUGAUAGUAUCUUCAGCCAGCGAUACACACGCCAGUCCCAGGACACAAGCAAGUUUGACGAAAAGAAGCAUGUGCAAGACAUGCUAGACAACAGCUCUGGCGGCCGACCGCGAUCAGCUUCUCUGCUUAAGAAGGAGAUUCUAAUGCCAGCUUGGCAGUUCUUCAGUCUUAUACCCUGGUAUACCGACAAUGUGCCGAAGACAGAUGCUCAAGUUGCUGCACAUUUCUCAGUAAAGCGUCCGGUGCUCGGUAUAUGCCUGAAGAGAUACACGAUGACCCCAAAUGGCACUCCGAAACGCCUUGAUACUUAUAUUGAUAUUCCGCUUGACAUUGGCUUGCCUCACUUCAUCUCUGAUGACAGGAUGAAAGAAGAGGGUCCAUUGUUCGGCAAUUUCAAGCUAGUUCUCCAGUCUGUCGUAUGCCAUCGAGGUGUGUCAGUCGAUUCUGGGCAUUACAUUGCGCUUGUCCGCGCCAACGCUCGCGAACGCCCAGGCACCGCACAAUCAGAUUCUGAGCAAGAACAGGAGAAGUGGAUACGCUUUGAUGAUCUUUCACCUCAACGAGUGACUGAAGUCGAUAUCAAAACAGCCUUGCGAGAAGAAUCACCGUAUCUGCUCUUCUAUCAGGUACAGCCCAUUGACGAAGAACUCGCUUCCCGGGGAGAUCCUCCGACCUAUGCAGAGGCGCAGUCUGGUGUACCGUCGGUUGAUCCUUCACGGGAAACGUUAUCUUCCCUGAAUUCUACAGCAGCAACGGAUGCUGAAGCUGGUGCAAACAACGAAAAGGUCAACAUGGCAGAUGUACACACCGAGUCCAACUCGACAGACGAGCCGGCUAGUCGAACCAGCAUGUCCAGCAAUCGGCGUAGUAGCACCGCGAUAGAGGAUGGCGAAGGCAGCUUACGUGGCCGAACGGAACCGCCAACGCCAGAAGACCAGAAGGGCAGCUUUUUGUCCGUGUCCCGACGCGGCUCUCGGAUAUGGUUGUCUGGGAACAACAGAAGUCGACCAGGUAGUCCAAGCGGCGAGACCCGUUUGUCUCUUACUUUGUCGAGGCUAACGGGACGCGGUAGCAAGGACAAGCUGGUUACGACUGAAGCUACUACCAACGACGAGCCUACUAUUGUGAUUGACAGAGUGAAGAGCGAAGAGAAUGAUCAGCAAGACAAUUCUCCGACCAAAGACAAGAAAGAAUCCGGCCUUGGACGCAGCAAGAGCAAGAAGGAAAAGAAAGACAGACGGAGAAGUAAGAGUAGAGAUCCUGGGGCUUUCCUAGAGAAAGGCAAGCACAAGGAUAGACCGGAUCGCGAAUGCCUGGUGAUGUGA